AACUUUUAAUCUCGCGGUCUCAUUUUGAUGACGCACGCCGAUGCGCCAGCAACACACGCGCAGAACGUUCGCUGUUCGACUCACGAUCCGUUUAAUAAACUCCGCAGCGGUCCGCUUGUCCUCCGUGAAGCACACGCCGAGAGGACCACUCGCGUUUAUUUCUACAGACAUCUAAAUCACAGCUUGCAGAAAUGGCUGAAUCAGACGUGAAUCCUAAAGCUUAUCCUCUGGCGGACGCCACUCUCGCCAAAACCAUCCUAGACCUGGUUCAACAAGCGGCCAAUUACAAACAACUGAGAAAAGGGGCCAAUGAAGCCACUAAAACCCUGAACCGAGGCAUUGCGGAGUUCAUCGUGAUGGCUGCCGAUGCUGAACCUCUGGAGAUCAUCCUUCAUCUGCCUCUGCUGUGUGAGGACAAGAACGUCCCGUACGUGUUUGUGCGCUCCAAGCAGGCCUUGGGCCGCGCGUGCGGGGUGUCCCGGCCCGUCAUCGCCACCUCGGUCACCAUUAAGGAAGGCUCUCAGCUCAAGCCUCAGAUUCAGUCGGUGCAGAUGGCCAUCGAGAGACUGCUGGUCUGAGACCUCUUCCGCACAUCUGCAGUUUUGAUUUUCCCCUCGUUUGUCACUUACCACCUACAUUUUAAUUCUUAUUUUGAUUUGUUUUGUGUAUGUUGAGUUUUAAAGUGUUCACUUUCUCAUUUUGCCACUGGGCGAGCACAUGUACAUUUAUAUUAAGGAAAGAAAAAUAUAAU